GGGUCAAGCACGGGGCUCUGGACUUUGACUGUUUGCAGACUUUGCCCUGCCUGGGCCAGCCGGGCUCUGGGUCAGCAUGGCUGGCUGUGUCUUGCUGCUCCGGGGCCUCAUUCUCGCCUUCCUCCUUACCCUUGUCCUGUACCAGGUGGAGCUUUCAGUGUUUCUUCCAGCCUCGGAGGCAAACAAAGUUCUGGUGAGAGGGAGACGGUCCGGCUCUUAUCUUCUGGAAGAACUCUUCCAGGGCAACUUGGAAAAGGAAUGCUAUGAGGAAAUCUGCAAUUAUGAGGAAGCAAGUGAAGUAUUUGAAGACUAUGCUACCACCGAAAGAUUCUGGAAACAGUACAGGGGUGGUUUUCCAUGUAUCUCCCAGCCCUGCCUCAACAACGGGACAUGCAGGGACCACAUCCGCAAUUACAGCUGCACGUGUUCCCCUGGCUACGAGGGCAGGAACUGCGCAAUGGCUACAAACGAAUGUCACUUAGAGAGGACGGAUGGGUGCCAGCACUUCUGCCAUCCAGGGGAGUCAUCCUACGUGUGCAGCUGUGCGAAGGGCUACGAGCUGGGCAAGGACCACAAGUCAUGCAGUCCCAGUGCCAAGUGUGCCUGCGGGACCCUGACUUCCGAAGACGUCAGAGGCUGCCAAAGCCCGCCUAGCUUCCCGUGGCAGGUGAAGUUAACAGACUCCAAAGGAAUGGACUUCUGUGCCGGUGUUUUAAUACAGGAAGACUUUGUGCUGACAACAGCAAAGUGUUCAUUGCUCCACAGCAAUAUAAGUAUAAAAGCAAGUGCUGGCCAGAGGAUUGGGGUCAGGAGCACUCAUGUGCACAUGCGUUAUGAUGAGGAGUCCGGGGAGAACGACCUCUCCCUGCUGGAGCUGGAGGAGCCCUUGCAGUGUCCCAGCUCUGGGCUCCCUGUCUGCAUCCCAGAGAGGGACUUUGCUGAGCAUGUCCUCAUCCCUGGAACAGACGGUCUUCUCAGCGGCUGGACAUUCAAUGGCACAGGCCUGGGUACCACACAGACAAUGCUUCCAGUCACACACGUGGAUGGGGAGGAAUGUGAACAGACCCUGAAUGUGACAGUCACAACAAGAACAAGCUGUGAAAAGGGCAGCAUGGUGACCGGGGCUUGGGCGGAGGGGAGCGUGGUCACCCGAGAACACAAGGGGACCUGGUUCCUCACAGGAAUCCUGGGUUCGCCACCCCCACCAGAGCAGUUGCACGUGCUCCUCACCACAGUCCCGAGAUAUUCAAUGUGGUUUAAACAGAUCAUGAAGUGACCAAAAUCCAACAACAUGGUUGCAGGGCGGUCAGAUCCUGCCAGUUACCACUGGAAGAUGAUGUUGCUUUCCUUGGAACUUUGAAACUUUCUUUAUUCUUGAGAAUUUCAUAUGCACAUGCAAUGAAAUAUGACCACAUCCAUGCCCCAUUUCCCUCCUGCUCACCUUAUAUUCCCCUCAACAUUUCCCUCCUGAAGAGUCCAAGAAUAAGAAAAUAAAAAUAUAGAUUCCAAAAAUAAGAAUGUAUAAAUAAAAAAUAUAAAAUUAUAAGUCUAGGGGAAUGAGAACAGACGGUCACGCAGAUUGCUCAGUAGAUCAAGGGUCAAUCAUUCACAGUGAGCUAUUUUCUCAGAUGCUUAAGAAGCCUCCAUCAGUGUAGGUUAUUUCAUUCUACAGCUGCCUGUUCUAUUUACAAGGCCAGAGCUUCUCUCUGCAAACUGAGAGUAGUGUCCUGGCCAUCCCUGAUGAACAACAGAUAUGAACUGAGUUAACCUCUAAGAGACAGAGAUGUGUGACCUCUGGGUUAGGCACUGUCUCUGUUAUGGGAAACUGAAACCAUCAAAAGGGAGGCAUGGGGCUCCAGUAUACACUGCCUGGAGGAACCAGGAGAGACAGUGACCACGGUGCAAACACCUGGUUUAACUAACGAGCGCUAAUAAUGGAGGCUGUGAAGUAAGGCAGUCUGUAUCUGAGUUUUACCUUGAGAUAGUGUGAAGAACUUUCUGCUAUCUUCUAAGUCCCCAGCCUAAGAACCAAUUAUUCUGAUUUAUCAAACCUCUGAUAUUACUAGCAGUCCCUUUUCUGACUAGUUGCUAAAGAUUCCUGUUUUCUUGCAAUUAGUGAUUUUUGCUGUAAUCUACUCAUUUUUACCUACCCAUUGACGUUAGAACUCACUCCACUCCUUCAGGUCUCCAUUGACUGACCCACACUGACCGGGUCGGGGCAAGAUCAUAGAAAUUCCUUUGUUCAGACCUAAUGCUUGGUGCCCUAACUAUAAAAGGUGUGUUCAGAAACUAGCCUUUUGCCACAACCUAACAAACACCAUCUCUGGGUGUGGUCUCAGCUACCUGAUAAGCUUUUGUGCCCUGCGGUGCUUUUUUUUUAUUUUUUUAUUUUUAAGUUUGCUUCUGGUUUUUCUAGGAUCUGGUAUCUGGAAUAAAGUUUGCUUUUGGCUUAUUAGA